UCAGAUUCAUUUACUUGGCCGUCGUGUUUGGUAUUUCUUUCCUCCUGGAUAUCAUCGAGUUUUGCACAGCGAACUUGACCACAGUAUUCUUCAAAAUGGGCUGCAUGAGUUCAAAACCCGUUGACACAACGGAUAAGGACGCCGUUCAACGAAGUGCCAGGAUAGAGAAGGUUUUGAAGAAUGAUAAGAAAGUCAUGGAUCGGACAAUUAAAAUUCUUCUACUUGGUGCCGGAGAAUCGGGCAAGUCAACAAUUAUUAAACAAAUGCGAAUCAUUCACUCGGGCGGAUUCCCCGAGGACGAACGUCGCCAGACACGGGCCGUGAUCUAUUCGAAUCUUAUUAUUGCAUUCAAAGUUCUGCUGGAUAUUAUGCGCGCCGAGAGCAUUGACUUUCAGCAAGAAAGGACUAAGCCGUUAGCCGACUUUAUAGACAGUCUCGAGCCAGAUGUAGCCUCAGAUGAGGCAUUCUCGGACCCAAAGGUUCGCGAUGCUCUAAGAGACAUGUGGGAUGACACGGGUGUUCAGAAAGCUGUUGCUCGGGGCCAUGAGUUUGCACUCCACGACAACUUGCAUUAUUUCUUUAAUUCGCUUGACCGAAUAUUUACUCCCGGGUGGCUUCCAGACAACCAGGACAUGUUGCAGGCCCGUCUGCGGACAACCGGCAUCACUGAAACCCUCUUUGAACUCGGCCAAAUGAAUUUCCGUAUGAUGGACGUGGGAGGGCAACGAUCUGAGCGAAAGAAGUGGAUUCACUGCUUCGAAGGCGUUCAAUGUCUUUUAUUUAUGGUUGCCCUAUCUGGUUACGACCAAUGUCUCGUUGAGGACCAAAAUGCCAACCAAAUGCAUGAGGCAAUGAUGCUGUUUGAAUCCUUAGUAAAUGGCGAAUGGUUCAAGCGCAAGCCGAUUAUUUUGUUCUUGAACAAGAUCGACCUUUUUAAGGGAAAGCUGCACGUGUCGCCUGUGUCCAGCCAUUUCCCUGAUUAUAAUGGCUCAAACACGGAUUUCGAUGCCGCAGCCAGAUACUUUGCAGACCGCUUCCGGGGCAUCAACCGGAUUCCUGACCGAGAGAUCUAUAUUCAUUACACAAACGCCACUGACACGACAUUAUUGAAGGCAACAAUGGAUUCAGUGCAAGACAUGAUUAUCCAGAAGAAUCUUCACACUCUCAUACUAUAAGGCAGUGAUACUCGGAACGAUUGAAUUUUUACGAGGACGUUUUUUGCAGGCACGAGACAUCGGCGAUGCUACUUCCGCUCUUCUAUGCACAUCUAAUCUUGCCAAGCGUCUAAAGCACGCUUGCUCUUUCCCCCCACCCCCCCCACCUCUAUUCAUUUAAUUAUAUCCCCUUUCCUUCUCUGUACGUUUUUCUUGUUGCGUUAUCUACGUCUGAGCUUCCC